AUGAAUCUGUUUUUAGAAUUUCUUCAGAAUGCAGAUGAUGUCGGAGCAAGAAAAUUUCGCAUCAUAAUUGAUGAACGUUCUUUUUGUAAUAAUGACAAUUUUGAACCUUAUCCUAAAAUGAAAAAAUGGCAAGGUCCGGCUAUUUGGAUUUAUAACGAUUCAAUUUUCACUGAUGAAGACAUUCAUUCUCUGCUCAAAAUCCGAUUUUGUCAGCGGCAAACACAUAUUAUUUUUGGAUCCGCUUGGAGAAUGUUUAGAAAAAGGUGGAAACUUAAUUUUCUCGAUGAUAUAAAUAAAGAAUUCUUAUCUUCAGACCAUGUAAAGUCAUACCUUGGAAUUGAAGGAUGCAACUUCAAAGAUGAAUUCAAAGGAACCUUAUUCAGGCCUCUCCGAAUUGAAGAGAGUAGGAUAUGCAGUAACAUAUUAUCUACAAAUGGUGUCUUGGAAUUUUUAGAAAAAUUAAAACAAAGUGCCUUUACUGAACUUUUGUUCUUACAUAAUGUUGAGUCGUUCGAAGUUAUGCAGUUGGAGAAAAACUCCUCUCCAGAUGAUAUUAAGUCACUUUGGGAAGUCAAACUGACAAAUGUCGAUGAUAAAAUCGAAAUGCUGAUUGAAGAACUCGAAUCUUUUGCAAAGAAAAAUAAGACGAAGGCACGAGGUGGUGUGGCAGCUUUAUAUAGUGCAUCAAAAGAAUAUAAAGAAAAAGGUCGAUUAUAUAGCUUUUUACCUUUACCUCAAAUAACAUCAUUACCCGUUCAUUUAAAUGGCAUGUGGGCCAGUUCUUCAGUUAGAGAAAAUAUCUUAUUAAGUAAUGAUAAUUUUGCUGAAUUAGAUAGAUCAAAGUUAGAAUGGAAUCGAUUUAUACUAUUAGAAAUAUUACCACCUUUAUAUGCUAAACUUUUAAAGGAACUUGUUAAAUUUGAAAAGGAUAAAUUUGGAAAGGAAAGGAACAUUAAACCCAAAAAACAAGUAAUUGAUCAAUUUUGGCCUUUACCAACAUCUGCAGACUCCCAACUCGACUAUAUUGCAGAGUUUUGA